AUGGCCUCGAACGGGAGCAGCAGCACGGUGGUGGGCAAGAUGCAGAGCAGCUUGGACCGGGUGCGGCGCCAGCUCUCCUCCACCUCCACCCGCCACCUCCUCCAGGGCCCUCUCUUGAAGCGAUCCGACACGUUAAGGGAAUCGGAGGAGAAAGCAAAGCUUCUUGUUGAAGAGAGAGAUCGUUUGCUAACAGAGAGAGAUUCUGCUCUUCAAGAAGCUCAGGUGUGGCGCUCAAAACUAGGAAAAGCUAGAGGAAAUGCUGUAAUUCUAGAAGCAGCUGUUGUCAGAGCUGAAGAGAAAGCUAGGUGUGUGUACAACUGUGUUGAGCGUGUGUGUGUAUACCUGAACUUUCAUGUUUAG